AGACACACUCAGAGUUCAGCAGCUCGUCCGUCGAUAAGCAACAGCCAGCCAGCAAUCCUAAAAGCCCAAAAAAUCCAAUCAACAUGAAGUUCUUCGCUGUCCUCGUCUGUUUCUCCGCUGUCCUGGCCAUCGCAAUGGCAUCUACCGCAACUACAACCAGCACUCCCACAACGCCCUCUUCGCCCACGACGACGACGUACACCUAUACUACCACCCCGACCUACCCCACCUACACCUACACCACGGACACCACCACCACUAAGCCAAUCAAGCAACAGCUCCUGUCCCUGCUGUUCAACAAGAAGUCCGGAUAGAGCCGCCCAUCCGAUCCACGAUGCUGCCACUUGAUACGAUCCUCAUCACCUGAAUAGCCAAAUAAAAACACCAAAUACC